GACAGACGUAACGUGCGCCCCGCCACUGAGUGCCUGGGUAUCCAUGAUUUUUUUCCCGGACACCCCCUCCUUCGCCUUCUGCGCGCCCUCUCUGCCUCAACUCUUCUCUGUCGUAGCUGUGCGUAGCCACCGUGUCAGCCAAUAAGAGUCCGACCAGGGGGUUGGGUAGUACGAACGGACCACCAUUCCGGCGCAGUGAGAAAGACGCGCUGCGCAUCAAGGGCAGCUUGCAGGCUGGGCCGCUAUUUACUUACAGACGCCGUGACAGCUUAUCCUAGAAGUGUGCGUGAAAGGGCUGCGAAAGUCCACGACGUCGUUUAGCUUUUUCUUGUCCUUUCCAUCUCCAGUGCUAGUAGUGUGACUGGUCAGCAAAAGUACAGCUAGCGUAAUCCCUGAUAUUCUCAAUCAAAUUGUCGACGCAGCGAGGCGGAUAGCCUAUCUGUCUCUCUUUUGCGCCCUCGGCUUCACUGCUGACAGCCUGUAGAAGAGUAUCCACGAUGAUUGCUGCACAGCUUUUAGCAUACUACUUUACUGAGCUUAAAGAUGACCGCACAAAAAAGAUUGAUAAGUACCUGUACGCCAUGCGCUUCUCGGACGAGACGGUGCGCGACAUCAUGUGUCGCUUCAGGAGGGAGAUGGAGAACGGUCUGGCCCGUGACACCAACCCCACCUCCAACGUCAAGAUGCUGCCCACCUUUGUGCGGUCCAUCCCCGAUGGCUCUGAGAAGGGAGACUUCAUAGCUCUGGACCUGGGGGGCUCCAACUUCCGUAUCCUGCGCGUGAAGGUGUCCCACGAGAAGAAGCAGAACGUGCAGAUGGAGAGCGAGGUCUACGAGACCCCGGAACACAUCAUCCACGGGAGCGGAACGCAGCUAUUUGACCACGUGGCAGAGUGUCUGGGGGACUUCAUGGAGAAGAAGAAGAUCAAGGACAAGAAGCUGCCCGUGGGGUUCACGUUCUCCUUCCCCUGCCAGCAGACCAAACUGGACGAGGCAGUGUUGGUGACGUGGACGAAGCGCUUCAAAGUCAGUGGAGUGGAGGGCAUGGAUGUGGUCAAGCUUCUUAACAAAGCCAUCAAAAAACGUGGGGACUACGAUGCGGACAUCAUGGCGGUGGUCAAUGACACUGUGGGAACCAUGAUGACGUGUGGCUUUGAUGACCAGCGCUGUGAAGUUGGCAUCAUCAUAGGCACGGGCACCAACGCGUGCUACAUGGAGGAGCUGAGACACAUCGACCUGGUGGAGGGCGACGAGGGGCGCAUGUGCAUCAACACGGAGUGGGGAGCGUUCGGGGACGACGGCUCGCUGGAGGACAUCCGCACCGAGUUUGACCGCGAGAUUGACCGCGGGUCCCUCAACCCUGGCAAACAGCUCUUUGAGAAGAUGGCGAGUGGGAUGUACAUGGGGGAGCUGGUCAGACUGAUUCUGGUGAAGAUGGCCAAGGAGGGUCAGCUGUUUGAGGGACGCAUCACCCCGGAGCUCCUGACCAAAGGCAAGAUCGAGACCAAGCACGUGUCUGCCAUGGAGAAGAGCAAAGAAGGCCUGAGCAAAACCAAGGAGGUCCUGACGCGUCUGGGCGUGGAGCCGUCGGAGGAGGACUGCGUGGCCGUGCAGCACGUCUGUACCAUCGUGUCCUUCCGCUCGGCCAACCUCAUCUCCGCCACGCUGGGAGCCAUCCUUAGCCGCCUCAAGGACAACAAGGGCGUGCCGCGCCUGCGCACCACCGUGGGCAUCGAUGGGUCACUCUACAAGAUGCACCCGCAGUAUGCCCGACGCCUCCACAAGACCGUCCGCCGCCUGGUGCCCGACUCCGACGUGCGCUUUCUGCUCUCGGAGAGCGGCAGUGGCAAGGGCGCGGCCAUGGUGACCGCCGUGGCGUACCGCCUGGCCGACCAGACGCGGCAGAUCGCCCAGACGCUGGCCGAGUUCCGCCUGAGCAAGGCCCAGCUGCUGGAAGUCAAGAAGCGGAUGCGCAUUGAGAUCGAGAGGGGCCUUGGGAAGGACUCGCACAGCACCGCCACUGUCAAGAUGCUGCCCACGUUUGUGCGCACGACCCCCGAUGGGUCAGAGAACGGAGACUUCCUAGCUCUGGAUCUGGGUGGGACGAACUUCAGGGUUCUGCUGGUGAAGAUCCGCAGUGGCAAGAGGCGAACCGUGGAGAUGCACAACAAAAUCUACGCCAUCCCCAUUGAGAUCAUGCAGGGCACAGGAGAAGAGCUGUUUGAUCAUAUCGUGCACUGUAUCUCCGACUUCCUGGACUACAUGGGCAUGAAGAACGCCCGCUUACCGCUGGGAUUCACCUUCUCCUUCCCCUGCCAGCAGAAAAGCCUGGACGCAGGUAUCCUGGUGACCUGGACUAAAGGCUUCAAGGCGACGGACUGUGAGGGGGAGGACGUGGUCGAGCUCCUCAGAGAGGGCAUCAAGAGGAAGGAGAUGGAAGAACCAGAAUUUGACCUGGACGUAGUAGCCAUUGUUAACGACACUGUGGGGACCAUGAUGACCUGUGCCUAUGAGGAGCCCACUUGUGAAGUCGGUCUGAUUGCAGGAACUGGCAGUAACGCCUGCUAUAUGGAGGAGUUGUGUAACAUUCAGACUGUGGAGGGAGACGUGGGCCGCAUGUGUGUUAACAUGGAGUGGGGCGCCUUUGGGGACAACGGAUGCUUAGACGACAUCCGCACCCAGUACGACCGGGCAGUGGACGAGAACUCACUCAAUGAAGGGAAACAGAGAUAUGAGAAGAUGUGCAGUGGCAUGUACUUGGGGGAGAUUGUGCGAAACAUCCUCAUCGACCUGACCAAGCGUGGAUUCCUGUUCAGAGGUCAGAUCUCAGAGACUCUGAAGACCAGGGGCAUUUUUGAAACUAAGUUCCUCUCACAGAUUGAAAGUGACCGCCUGGCUCUGCUCCAGGUCAGGGCCAUUCUGCAGCAGCUGGGGCUGAACAGCACCUGCGACGACUCCAUCAUCGUGAAGGAGGUGUGCGGGGCUGUGUCCCGUCGUGCUGCCCAGAUCUGCGGUGCGGGCAUGGCUGCGGUGGUGGACAAGAUUCGGGAGAACCGGGGCCUAGACCACUUGGAUAUCACCGUAGGAGUGGACGGCACGCUCUACAAACUGCAUCCACACUUCUCCAGGAUCAUGCAGCAGUCGGUGAAGGAGCUUGCCCCGAAGUGCGACGUCACCUUCCUGCUCUCCGAGGACGGCAGUGGCAAGGGUGCUGCCCUCAUCACCGCCGUGGGCUGCCGCCAGAGGGAGCUAGAGCGCCAGCAGCACAACUGAGGUUCUCGGGCCGCCGACCAGCCUACAAGCCGGCCCCGCGGGGGCCAAACGCCCGCCCGCCCGCCCGCCCACCACCGACCCUCCAUGUUCCCAGGGAGGAGUUUUCCACUGUAGCCGCGGCUCCACCACUGCCCCCCGCUCCCAACUAACAGCCCGAGCAGAGAGAGAGAGAAGACCGAUGACAUCAAUAUGAGAGAGAAUCUCAGAAAUAUUUACCUUUGUAUUUAUUUUGCAUUGCACUAAAUAUACAAUUUUAGCAGCAUUUGUAAAGUUUCCCCCAGUAAGCUUUUAUUGUC